UAAACAAUAUAAAAAUGAGUAAUUGUGGAUUUUUUUGAAGUACCAUAAUAAACAUUAUAAUUGGUGAGCCAUCACUUGAAAGCCGCAAUUAGUUAUCGUUAUUUCGAUCUAUCGGAGGAAUGUAACUGCGUUCGUUUAUCUGUACAAAUGAAAGGUUUCUCCGUCACGUGAUAAACCUGGAGAAAAAAUCAUACCGCUGUACUCGUUUGAAAUUUACCUGUCUAGUGAAGGUGAGGUUAUACGAUAACUCAGUCUCGUGAUAUAAAAAAAAUGAAGGAUAUUAUUUCCGUGAAUUAUUAUUAUUCAUAAGUUGGCCGAUUCGAUUCGUCGUCUCGCGGAUGUCUUCUGUAGAUAAUGCUGCCUGUAAUUAUAUGUCUUUUCCAUCGAAAAGUGAUCUGGAGUGCCUUUUUGUUACUAUUGAGCUUGGGUUUAUUUUUGACCGCCGUCAAAAUCAAGAAAAUGAGCGAUCGAGGAUAUUUUUUGAACACUUUAGGAGUCCUAGAAACGGAUCCCGUUCGAAUGUCCACAGUUUCCUCGCUAGUCGACGACCAAAACGUUUUCUUUGAUCUUCCUGUUUGCAGUUUUCGCCCCUAUUUAUUAAUUUUAGUCGCUUCGUCUCCCGAAAAUUUCGAUCGUCGUGCGGCCAUUCGUCGAACGUGGGGAAGAUCGUCUCUUCGCAUGCUGAGAAAUAAUCUUUCGACCGUUACCAUGUUCCUGGUGGGGCGGUCGACAGAUAGCAAAUUUCUUAAUAUUUUAGUAGAAAACGAAAAGAUAUCUUCGGGUGAUUUAGUGGUAGGAGAUUACGCGGAUACUUACAGAAAUCUCACUCUGAAAAUCAUUCACGGAGCUCGCUGGGCCCAUCGUUAUUGCCAGUCUUCGUAUCUGCUGAAAACCGACGACGACUGUUACGUCAACGUUGCCCUUCUGCUGAAAUUUCUAUCUCGGAGCAACAAGAUGCAUAAGGGUCUGUACGUGGGGCGCAAAAGGAGCCGAGCCAAAGUGGUGCGCGAUCCCAAAAGCAAAUGGUACGUAUCUAAAGAACAAUUUUCGCCGUCCGUUUAUCCCGAUUACGUUUCGGGAAUAGGAUAUAUCGUGUCUGCCGACGUUCUAUCCGUGUUCGUCGACGAGACCACCCAUUACGCGCCAUUUCCCAACGAGGACGCUUUCGUGGGUACAGUUCUGAGAAGAAGAGGAGUGAAGCCCAUUCAUAGUUCCAGAUUCAGUAUUUCUAGCGGACCGUGGAGAGUGUGCAAUUUUCUGUACAUCUUUGUGUUGCACAGAAUUCCGGCAGAAUAUCAAAGAAAAAUGCAAGCAUUGUCCGAUAUGGCAUUAGUGGAAUGCCCUUUCACACCAUGGGACGAAUGGGACUGAAGUUGAUUUAAUCAAACAAGAAUGAAGAUUUUCUUCUUAUGCGUAGUUAGUUGUGAAGUUUUUGAAAUUUUUUCUCAAAAAUAACGUCUGCAAAUAGCUUUUUCAACAGAAUUUAGUUUGAAAUAAGGUUAGGAGACAUCUUCCUCAGCGUAAGUUCUAUGCAUUCUAUUUUCAAACGAUCGAGAGAAGCGUAGAGAAACACUAUGCAA